UUUCUUCUAAAAGUUAUCAUGAAACGAGGAAGGGACAUAAUGUCCUUUUUUACCCCAGUAAACAAAAAAGGUAGAGAAACAAAUCAAGGUAUUGAGAGAGUUGAGGAGCAGGAAGAGGGAGAGUCGGAUGAGUCAGUGGAGGUUGAAGAGAGGGCAUGUGAUAAAAGAGAGGGCUCUGACACAGAGAGGGAAAUUCCAGAGAGUGAGGAGCAUAAAGAAGAGAAUGAGGAGCACAAAAAAGAGGGUGAGGAGCACGAAGAAGUGGAUGAGAAGGAAGAAAACAUACAGGGACAGAGAGAGGAACAGCCAGAGGGACAGAAAGUGGUUAUAUGUGGAUCAACUACAGCACCAUCAGAUAUCAGCAAGUCCAAGAAUGAUGUACCAGUACAGCCCAACUUGAAGAUAUUCCCAACCACUUUGAUGGGGGACAGAAGACGGAGCUUCAGGCCAAACUGGUAUAAUCUUCAUCCGUGGUUUGAGUACUCUGUCAUGAAGGACUCUACAUAUUGCUAUGCAUGUAGACAUUUUAGCACACCAAAUGCCCCAGACACUGUUUUUGUUUCAACACUUGGUUUUAGAAACUGGAAGAAAGCAACUAUGAAAAAUGCAGGGUUCUCUUUCAGUCGGUCACUACGACGUCACGUUGUGACCGACGAACUGGGAACUCGCUUAGAGAGACCAAUCUACUUCGAGUAA